AACUCCGUGCGUAAAAGCUGCGUCCCCGGAUGAAACGAAACGCGCGUUCUGCUUCUCGAUAAAACACUCGAAGUAUCCCUGGAGUUAGGUUUAUAGUUUCCAAAGCGCAAACGGUCAAUGAUACGGAGCUGGCUGAACAUUACUCGGGCUUUUAUAGUUCUAAAAAGUGCUUUUGUGGCGUUGUUCCAAAUGCCUUCCGCACGAGAAGAUGUGCCCAUUCGCGGCUACGUGAGACCAGUCGACAACAUGCAAAACAAAUGAAGACGAAUAAAGUGGGGAGUUAAUAGUCAAUGCUGGAUUUAACCGGAGGUAACAGAACACAGGCAGCGACGGAGAGCCGCUCCAACUUAUGACGUGAAGGGCCUGUUGCUGGCCUGUAUCACUCACAGCUAAUGGAUGUCUUUACCCACUAUGCCUACAACGACAGUUUCUAUGAAAAUGGAACAUGGGGCUUCAACGAAACCGAUCAAGAGCAGAAGCACGAGUACAACUACUACGCCAUGCUGCUCACGCUGCUCAUCUUCGUCAUCGUCUUCGGUAACGUGCUGGUGUGCAUGGCCGUGUCAAGGGAGAAGGCCCUGCAGACCACCACCAACUACCUGAUCGUCAGCUUGGCGGUCGCUGACCUUCUAGUGGCCACGCUGGUCAUGCCCUGGGUCGUGUACUCCGAGGUCGUCAGGGAGUGGCGCUUUAGCAAGAUCCACUGUGACAUCUUUGUCACUCUAGAUGUGAUGAUGUGCACAGCGAGCAUCCUCAAUCUGUGUGCCAUCAGCAUUGAUCGUUACACAGCGGUUGCAAUGCCUAUGCUGUACAAUACCCGCUACAGUUCUAGAAGAAGAGUCACUAUCAUGAUAUCUGUGGUGUGGGUGCUGUCUUUCGCCAUAUCCUGCCCUCUCCUCUUUGGGCUCAAUAACACAGCAACGCGAGAAGCAUCGCUGUGUGUGAUCGCUAACCCAGCUUUUGUGGUGUACUCCUCCAUCGUGUCCUUCUACGUUCCCUUCAUCAUCACCCUGCUAGUUUACGUGCAAAUCUACGUGGUACUGAGGAAGCGCAGGAAGCGUGUAAACACUAAACCCAAGCAGCGCAUGUGUCAGGCCAACGUCCCUGAUGUGGCCACUUCUCUCAAGGAUAAGUGCACUCAUCCAGAGGACGUGAGGCUGUGCACGGUGAUUGUUAAGUCCAACGGGAGUUUCCCUGCCAACAAGAAGAAGGUGAUAUUUAUUAAAGAUGUCGCCAACAAGGGUGAGCAUCUGGAGCUGGAUGAGCUCAACAGCGGAAGCAGCAGCCAUAAGCAGAAGCCACAAUGCGCCCUGGGAAACACUCCGGCCACCAGCAACCAGCAGUUGAUGCCCGCCAAGGCUAACGCUAGCCCUCCCUCCACGCCUCCGACACCUCCUCAAGAGUGCCAGAGAGUGGAAAAGAACGGAGAUCCCGGCAAGGAUGCCCUGGAGGAGCCAACGCAAAAGGUGGCCAAAGUCUUUCAGACGCAGGCGUUGCCCAACGGCAAAACGCAGACUUCUUUGAAAAAUAUGAGUAAGAGGAAGAUCUCCCAGCAGAAGGAGAAGAAGGCCACACAAAUGUUAGCCAUAGUCCUCGGUGUCUUCAUCAUAUGCUGGCUGCCGUUUUUCAUUACACACAUCUUGAACACCCACUGCACACAAUGCAAGGUUCCUGCAGAGAUGUACAAUGCCUUUACGUGGCUGGGUUACGUCAAUAGCGCCGUAAAUCCCAUCAUUUACACCACCUUUAACGUGGAGUUCCGAAAGGCUUUCAUGAAGAUUUUGCAUUGCUAAAAACUCUAUUUUAGACUAAAGGAUAACCACAAGCGUGUCAACGGACAAAUACCUCAUCCUGGAAAGGAAAACGCACCACAGGGGGUAAUUGAGAUUUGAUUUUCUAAGUCAGGGAGCUUGUGAAAUGAACAGGACGCUUUUUUUUUUUCUUCAGAGGUUCCUUCAUAUGAAUUGUUUGAGGAGGCAUCCCCCCGCCCCCACCUCUGAUACUCUGAAUGUAAAACAAGAAAUGUCUGUAACAAUGGCUUGUUUGGCAAAGUCAACUGUACCUUGUUCAAAAAAAGAAAAACAUUGUGCUUGUCACUGUGGACUGUAUACACUGCACACAUAGAAACUGCUUUUUACUGUGUGUAUUUCUUGUUUCUAAAAUUGCAAAACUUAUAUAAACACAUAUAUACAGUAUAUAUAUGGCGUAUAUAUUUAGCGUUCAUAUAUGCCGUAUAUAUAUAUAUAUAUAUAUAUAUGAAAUCAGUGUUAAUUUCAGUGUUCAAUAAGAUAUGUGAGCUCUAUAUUCUGGAAUUCUUAUUGGAAUGUAUAUUAAUGGCGAAAGACUUUAUGGUACUUGCUGUAAAUGUGGCUUUGCUAAUACCCACAUGAUUGCAAUUUUAUAAAUUGGAAAGUCAGAUUUCAUUUGUUUUUGUUCUAUUAAUUUGCUGUAAAUAUUUUUUUCUUAAUGUUUACUGUGUUUAUAAUAUAUGCCUGCGAUGAAAAUGUGAUGCAUGCUACACUGUUUCUCCACUCGGCUUCUCAUUAACCGUAUAUGUUGAAGUUAAAAAGACAAAAAGAUGUCCAAUAAAUGAUGACACACUGUCAAGUGCAAUUUGAUCACCACCAUUUGAUUCAUGGAUACAGUUACAACAUGAAAUUAGACUGACAUCAUUCAGCAGUGUUCUCAAAACAGCUUUCACUGAUGCCGUUUUCUAGAAACUAUUGGGUCCUCAGCACUCAAAUAAUGACUUUGCCAAUGACAUGCCAGGCGUGUUGAAUCGCAUUCUCUACAGAUGUGUGUCUUUUCAGUGGUGUUAUUUUACAGCUUUGCUCCUUUUUGUGGAUUUCCAUUUUUCCUGUCAUCAGAAAUCCCAUCGAGGAGACAAGGAGACAGACAAACAAGCAAGGUGGGAAGUGGUUAGAUAUAUGACACAAUUUUUUCCUCAAAAUGAUUUCAAGCAGACGGCAACUAAAAGAUGAUGCCAUAAAAUUCAGUCUUACAAUCAUGCAUGAUUUUUAUUUUCUCGUUGUUGCUUUGAGUUCUGUUACAAUGAUUGUAAAACAUUUAAAUAAGAAUUUAACAUAUUUACAAACAUAUUGUAAACAAUAUAU